CAGCUUCUUUAUGUACAUAGCGACUAUUUUUAUCGGCCUGUCGAUUCCGGUUAAAGGUCAUACGAAGUUCAUACAUUUAGACGAUUAACAUCGUUAAAUUGAAUCAACAUCCAAAUUCCUUUGUAUUUUAAAUUCCAUAUACACAUGCAUGUAAUAUUCAAUGUAUACAUUUCAAAUCAAUAUACCGCAUAUGAAUAAUAGACGAAAGUAAUUCCUAUUGAACGCAGUUGCAUUAAAAGAUGACGUAUUUGUGUGUUUAAGGAGGAUUAUUAGAAAACAAAAGUGCAUUGAAGUGUUGGGAUAAAUGGCUCUCAUUUAACAGGUGAACAUUUAAUUUCAUAUAUGGUGUUCACCUUUAUAACAGGGACUCGACACACAUUUUGAAGACUUCAGAAGGUAAUUGUAUGUUGCAAGAUAUGCUUUAAUUACAUGAUGAAUGUCGAAAAAUAUACAUUUAAUCCGUACAAUCUGUUUUAUUCAAAAUAUGACGUUUGUCCAUUUUAUAUGCAUCUGCCAUAUGUGAAAUGGAGACGGGUCUUAAACUCAACACGCAGUCUUCAUAUUUCCGAACAUUUGGAAAUGUUUUGAUGGUAUUGGAGAGUUCUGUGACCGUAGCAGUUCUGUUUUGUUGUACGGAUGGCGGAAGGCGCUGAGCAACCGCACGUGACAGGAACUGACGGGACGCCAGGCUGCAACCUCCCUAGCAGCAGUCGGUUGAAUAAUGAAGAUGCAUCAUUGGAACUUAGUAAUGUUUUAAACAUCUUGGGGUAUGGGCCGGAGCUAAGACAACGACGCCGGGAAUGUUAUAGAGAGAACGACAGACGCUACAAUGAACGAUGGGGCACUGACUUUUGUCAUGAUAGGAUCAUAGUAGGAAGUAAGGCAGAGGGGCUUUCCCGUUGUUUUGAAAGUGACUGGGACAUCUUACACGUGUUUAACUUUGCCGAAUGCCUAGAAGCCGGUUGUGACGUAAACUCGAUUCCAGAGAACAUACCCGUGUUCAGAAUGGAUACAGAUAUAUGUUACCCGGGGCAUAGCAUACUGCUGCUGGAGCGAGGUUUACCGUUAUUUCUUCUUUCGGCACUGCAAAAUUAUGGACAUGGGAAACUUAUUCUAAGCAGCGACGCCCUUCUAAAUAUUCCUAGUAUUACUUCACGCAUUUUACCAGGACCCAUUUACAAUGAUCGUGCGGGGCCGUCACUGCCGUUACCUUUUGGAAACACUACUAUUGACACAGUACUCGCACUACGUUGUCAUUGCCCUAGCAUACUACAGAGGUGGGCUGCCAGAUCUCGACAUUGGCCGCCAACAAAUGUUGUUGAAAAAGUCGUAUCAAUGGGGGCAUUUCUUACUCCUGUUGGGUUUAAAGAAAGCAAAAAUAUGAAUAUUGAAUGGAGGAUUUGCUUCAACACGGGUGAGACAGAAUUGAUGAUUAAUCUGAACGACACACAGAUGAAAUUAUACGUUUUGUUGAAAAUGAUCGCAAAAGAUGUACUCAAACCACGACAUAAAGAAGUAACAUCAUAUAUGAUGAAAAAUAUAGUUUUAUGGCUAGCAGAGAACAACCAUCAGUAUAAGUUUCAUGAGAAAAGUUUGUUUUUCUGGCUGCAUGAGUCACUUCUGAAACUAAGAACUGCACUGUCCGCAAAACAACUACCAUACUUUAUGAUCCCAGAGAGGAAUCUUAUGGCAGCCACUGGGCUGACGGAUGCUCAGCAGCGAAUAUGGAUAACAACACUCACGGACAUGAUGGAUGAAUGUCCAAAGUUAAUCAGGAGGUUGCCGAAGAUACGACAAGCCAUUAUCUCGCACCCGGACCCUCUGCGCUGGUACAAUGGGAGGAGAAUCGAACUGGAAAUUAUUUUGCUAGAAGUCAUAAAAAAUGCCACAGACAUCAGUGAUAUCAGCUUUGGUGAUAUGUUUUAUUAUGUGCUUCAAAAUGGUGUAAUGUGGCGUGCUGUGGAGAUAAUUGCCGAAGUCUCUGAGAAAGUGCGCUCGGGAGGAAGUUCGGAAACAGCUAAUUUAUUUGAGGGCCUGCAAAUAAUGUAUAGAUUCUUAAUGUAAAAAACAUACAUAGUCCGUUAUAUGCACAUACAUGGAUCAUUAUGAUCAUUAUAACAACUUUGAUCGGAAUUGUUUACGUUGCACUGUUCCUAUAUAUUCAUUAAACUUAGUUUGAUGUGUUAAAUCAUAUAUACGAUGAGUGUAAUAAGUAUUGAUAAGCAAGAGUAUAAACUUUUUAUAUGCCGAUAUAAUUAACAUCAGAAGGCGACCUCACAACGCGUUGUCAUACAUGUAUAUACAAUCAGUUGAGAACUAUUGUACAGAAGUAUGCAAUAACGUUAUAUAUUCAUGUGUGGUAGGUAUGAUGUAAACAUGCGCUUGCACGAUUUUGCCAUAGGCAAACGUCUUUAGAACCCUAAAAUGAAAACGUGUAUCGCUUUUGUGAACCCAUUUAAAUCCAUUGGGUAUUACCUCAGUAGACGACACUUAGCCGUAAACUAUUUCUUUAAUACAAUCGUGCUAGCUUGUCACCAAUUUGUUCGAUAACCAUAACCAUUCUAUAUAAACAUUAUUUAUGGUAAGAUGAACUCUUGAAGUGUCCAUCGUUCAAAUCUUUUGUUAUUUGUAUGUGCCUGUAUUUUAUUUAAAUCAUGAUACAAUGCAAAACAUAUCUGUGAUAUAUCAAUCCUUUUAUAAAUUAUUAUUUAAAUAUACUUGACGCAUGUUCUCUUAUGCAUCUCACUUUUGUAUCAUAUAUUCAACUUUUAAAUGUUUGCAAAAUACGUGAGCCGACAACAAAUAAUAGUUUGUCUGAGUAUGUUUUUCUAAACUAUCAAGUCAUGAAUUAUGUCACGGUGGUUAAAUGCGUGUUUAUGUUAUCGACAAGCUUUUUGAUUCCUUGAGAAAAAAAACUUAUUUCAACUUUGGGUGUGUAAGCAGAGUUUUCAGUAUGGAAAGGCGAUAAGUUUAGUAGUAUAAUUGUCCAUAUAUUAUCCUAAAUGUCGACCGUUCAAGUCCAAACAUUCAAACAUUAAAAAAUGGAGAAAUUCUAUUAUUUUGCUGCUUUUAACGUGAACAUGUUAUUGAUUAUCUGUAGAUAUAUGUUGAAUAUUUGUUAGUAAUUUUACCUGAGUAUAUUACUGUUUAUUGUAAAUAUCUGCUAUUUCUUGUUGGCCUUUACCUGUGUUAAGGGGAGUAAUAUAUUCUAUCAUAACUGUUUGUCGAAUAGCCUUCUGUCAAUUUCUAGAUGCAUAUAACUGCGAAGCACGACUGAUUUGAUAGCCCGCAUCUAUACUCCUGACAUUGGUUAUUCAACAAAACACGUUGCUAGAAAGUAUAUUAUUUAGGUUUUAGCACGAUCGUGUGUUUUUUCGUUUUUAGUUGUUCGCUUUCGAACAACUAAGGUUAACACAACAUUUUGCAAGCCAGUUGUGUUAGGUACGAUUAACUUGAUAAUUGCCGCAUCCGCGCCGAGAAAGAGUUGUAUCAUUUAUGCCAGAGGUUUCAGUUCUUUCACUUUAUAAAUUCACAAAUGGACACAUCAUGUGAAUAUCGUGUCAAAUGGAUUAUUUUUGAACGGAGUGUAUAACAAAAAUCAAUAAACAAUUUUUAAAUUAUACGUUUCGCGGAAGGGUAUGUUUAUGAAUGAUUAAAAUAGUGCACUAUGUGCUGCGUCAUUAUCACGUGGUAUUUUUGCGCAGCACAGGUCAUUCAAAAUCUGAGUCUAUUAAUAGAUAAGGGACAAUAAAACUACUGCUGAUCAACAAGUGUACUGGGAUAUCGACAUUACAAUUCACUAUCACGCGUCUGUUGCGUAACCUCGUUGAUAUUGCUUGCUAGUACGGCGAGGUUAAAUUUGAUCUGUCUGGAAAAAGUUAUUUUGUUCUCAACAGAUAGCAGCUAUCUCCUCUUUAUUCUCACUUGCACGGGUGAUAACAACGCAAUAGUAAAAUGUUAAGUUUGUUUAUAUUCACAGUUCCCAAUUUAUAAAACGUUGAACAGGAGUUCACCAAUAACUACAUGUAUACUAUAGACAACGACCAAAAUGCUUUAUUAUCGCUAAAACCGAAUUAAAAAAAAGCAACUAAAUAUAACAAGAAAUAUCUUUUUAAAAGAUAUUGGGCGGAAAUGCUGGCUGCGAAAUAAAGUUUGCAAUUUACGUUGAUAAUUCAUUAAAUUGAAAACAAAAGUAAAACUAUUGUGUUGUUUGCUUCACAUGUGAGCCGCAUAUACACCGUAUGAAAUGUAUGUUAUUAUAGUCAAACCACACAUUAGUGUUAGUGGAUACAAAUUAUACUACGGGAGUUAACAUCAUAUGUGUCCUCACAAGGCGUAUUAUAAGUUUAUUUCUCCACCAUCUAAAUGUAUCAUAUGUUAUCACCAUAUAAAUAUACCAUAUGAUACUAUUUAACACGCAGUUUUCUUUCGAAACACUCAAAUAUUAUUUUCAAAGCCGCGUCAUGCGAAAAUGGGUCUUAUGGCGUUUCGGCUAGCGUAGCCGAGUCGAUAAGACCCAUUUUCGCAUAACGCGGGUCUUUUUAAAUCUCAUUGCGAGCUGUAAAUGGCAUAUUUUAGCAUAUAUUUGCACAAUGCAUUUCGAUAUAACAUUGAGUUCUAAAUAACAAAUACAGCAAACGGGAAAAUAGGGGUUGCUAAUUCAGGCGUUUUGAAUGAUUUCCAGACGUGCUGACCGAGUACGGCAAACAUUUGUGGUUUGAUAUUUUAACGAUACUUUUAACGUGACAAUAUACUAUUUCUGUAGUUUUUUUUUUCUCAUCUUGAAAGCAAAACUGUGUUUAUCGAUAGUCCAUUACGUUUCCCUCUGACAGUUUCCAGACGUACUGACCGAGUUCGACAAACAUUUGUGGUUAGAUAAUUAGAUAUUUUUAGAUAUAUUAUAUAUAUUUUCCUCUUCACGUGACACUAUACUACUUCGGUAGUGUUUUUUUCUCAUCUUGAAAGCAAAACUGUGUUUAUCGAUAGUUAAUUAUAGUAAAUUAUGUUUUCCCCUGACGAUUACGUGAUCGAGUACAGACCCUAGACAUCUUCGAGAUGGAUUUUAACGCGUAAUUGUAACUUGGCCACAAUUUGUGUAUAUGUUUCGUUUGAACAUGCAGAGAGCAGUCCCGAUUUCCGUACAUUGAACAGUGUCACACCCUUUACGCUGUGUACUGACACAGUGAUGCAGCCAAAUUUCAGGAGAUUUCUCUAGAAUCAGCCUACAAAAUAUUAGAAUGUAUUCAUUCGUGCUUUCUGGCGUUGUGUAGAGGUCAUUUAAUGUGAAAAGCUGGUUAAAACAGCUAUGCCCAAGCGCUUUAGUGUUCUGUACCGAUGUUAAGGUCAGAGACUGGUUGAAACCCUGUGAACUACUAGGGUUACAAGUAAUGCAUCAACAACAAAGUACGGGUCAACAGCGCUGUCUUUAGAACUACCUUAUUCGCGAGUUAACAGUACUGCUCGCAGAUUUAUUGUAUAUUUAGUUACAUCAAUUAUGUUAUGGUAUAUUUUGAAUUGUAUAUGUUGUAAAAAACAAUUGUAAAGGGAAAUUCGAUCAUGAAAUUCUAUUCUUAGUGUGAAAGGUAUUCGAUAUUCCAACAAUAUUUAUUUAAUAUGAUGGUGAUUGCACAUUUUAUUUUAUAUUAAGUGGUUCUCAUUGUACCAUUUUUGUCAUAUUUGUAAUGCUUUCCGAACUUCCAACAAGAGAUAUGUUGUUGUUAUUUUGUCUAAGUUAUCUCUAUAACAUAAAUAUGAUGAUAAACAGUGCACACACAUCUCAACCUGUGCGUUAAGACGCACUCUUUAUAAAUUUGAAUGGGUUGUGUUCAUUUCAAACUUGCAAUUUAAAAAGCUAUAACAUAAUUUUUAAAAAUGAGCUGCGUCUAAGAUUAUGCAAUAGUGGACAACUUCAGUGCCUUCAGCGCUUUAAUUAGUUUAAGUUAAUGCUUGCUGGGCCAAGUGUGAGGUUGAGCGCUCUAAAACCGGUUUAAACCCCCAUUGCUUUGCAUUGACCGUUCCAAGGCGUUGACCCCAGCUUUAUUCUUAUAUGUGUUAAUGUUGUUUUGUAUUGUGCUGUUUUGUACUGUUUUGGCAAUUGGUCACUUGCCUUUAAUAAAGAGCUAACUUAUUGUA